AUGAAUCUGUAUUCGGUUACGAGGAUGGCUCUGACUUUAGGACCUAGCCUCGGUUUCCUGCUGUACCUGCACUCACAGACCAUGCAGUAUCGCCAAGACAUUUUGGAUAAGGAUUACCGGAUUGCCGAUACACCGAUCUACGAUCUUAAGGAGCACUACGAUUUCAUAAUUAUAGGUGGCGGAAGCGCCGGAUCUGUAAUGGCCAAUCGCUUGAGCGAAAUAUACGAUUGGGACAUUUUGUUAUUAGAAGCGGGACCCGAUGAGUUCUCGGAGAUCAGCGAUCUUCCUAUAAUGUUUCCUUCGUUGCAACUAUCACCUCUGGAUUGGAAGUUCAAGACUGAGCCAAGCGAUUACUACUGUUUAGCCAUGAAGAACUAUCAAUGCAAUUGGCCUAGAGCUAAGGUUUUGGGCGGUUGUAGCGUAUUAAAUGCCAUGCUUUAUAUAAGGGGAAAUCGUAAGGAUUAUGAUAAUUGGGAGAGCUACGGUAAUCCAGGAUGGAGUUACAAGGACGUGUUACCCUACUUCAAGAAGUCCGAGAACAUGAGAAUACCAGAAUACCAGAACGAUUAUUACCAUGGUCGCGAUGGUUUCUUGUCGGUGGAGAAUUUCAGAUACCAUUCUCCCAUAUCCCAAUGGUUUUUAAAGGCCGGAGAGCAGAUGGGCUUUGAGGUGAGGGAUGUAAAUGGAGCUUACCAAACCGGAUUCACGUUGUCGCAUGGCACUUUACGAGAUGGCCUAAGGUGCAGCGCGGCUAAAGCGUAUCUUAGGCCGAUCAAUGAACGCGAAAAUCUCGACGUUAGUUUGUUCACGAUUGCAGAGCAAAUAUUAAUCGAUAAAGGGUCGUACCAAGCUUACGGUGUGGACAUAAUGAAACACGGCAUAAAGAAGACGAUUUACGCCAAUCGAGAAAUUAUCUUAAGCGCUGGAGCGAUUCAAUCUCCUCAACUGUUAAUGCUUUCAGGAGUAGGACCGAAAGAUCAUCUCUACGAUCUAGAUAUUGAUUUGGUAUAUGAUUCACCGGGCGUCGGACAGAAUCUUCAAGAUCACGUGGCAAUGGGUGGUGGGACUUACCUUUUCGAUGCUCCCGAGGAGUACGAUGAUAUGGGUAUCGGUUUCAAGUUGAACAAGAUAUUCACUACUGAAAACGUGGACGAGUUUACGCAGAAUGCUAGAGGUCCUGUAUAUUGGUUACCCGAAGUCGAGGUGAUGGCCUUCGUCAACAGUUAUUACCAGAAUAGAUCCGAAGAUUGGCCGGACGUGCAGUUGUUCUUCGCGUCGUACGCAGAAAACACAGAUGGUGGAGUGUUCAGUAAGCGAGUAGCUGGACUAACCGAUGACUUUUACACUGCGGUGUACGAAAAUAUUUUGUACAAAGACGCCUAUAAUAUUAUUCCGUUAUUGAUGAGACCCAAGAGUCGCGGAUACAUCAAACUUCAAGAUGACAAGUUCAAAACGCCGCCUCUGAUAUAUCCAAAUUACUUUUCAGACCCCUAUGAUCUGGCUGUUUUAGUGGAAGGAGCUAAAAUUGGAUACGCGUUAUCGCAAACUCCGAUUAUGAAACAAUACAAUUCUCGAUUUAAUACUUUGAAGAUUCCUGGUUGCAGCAACUACGAGUUUCUAUCCGAUGACUACUGGGGAUGUCAAGCCAGACACUACACCUUAACUAUUUACCAUCCAGUUGGAACUUGUAAAAUGGGGCCUGAUCACGAUAAGUACGCGGUUGUGGACUCUAGAUUACGAGUUCGUGGUGUAUACAAUCUUAGGGUAGUGGACGCAUCCAUCAUGCCUACUAUUGUCACGGGAAAUACGAACGCUCCAACAAUUAUGAUAGCCGAGAAAACUGCUGAUAUGGUGAAAGAGGAUUGGGGCCGAUUACAUUAUCGCCCCAAUUACAAGGAUAACAAUAAUAAAGAAGAUAGUAAACUGAAGACUGCAACUUUAAAUAAACCCACAGAUGAAGGAAAUAAAGAAGAAAGAAAAGACAUUUCUACCAUACCGGACCCAAAUAUUGUUAUGCAAGAAAUACCAAAGAAAUGGAUAAAUUUGGACUAUUGGUAAUCAUUUUA